AUGGACACAUUCCUGCUGCCUCCUAGUGAUCAGAUUUUCCUGCAUCCUCAAACAUGCCUAUGAAAAUGGAAAAAAGUUUUUGAAGAUGGUCUGUGGCUUCAGAAAGAGAUGGGAUGCCUAGGAAUGGCAGAAAUGCCCUUUCCUGUGGUCACUGAGGCAGGCAAAACCACUCAGCAGCUUUUGACCUCUGCAGCCUCAGACAGCCAGUGGAGCCAUUCAGUGUUUGCCUUGAUACCCUCAUGGACAAAGAAGGUGUUGUUCAAACGAGAGUCUGACCUCAGCCCCCUUCUGCCUGAAGAUGUGUCCAAUAUGUCAGUGUCUUCUGAAUUUGGAAUAACCCUUCAGAAAUGUGGUAUGGUGGAUGUUGAACAUGACCCUCAAACUGCAUACAUUAAACUUGUGAUUAAUAACACCAACACAUUGCUCUCAACAAACAUCACAGAUCUUAUCCUCCUGGACAACAUCACUGGUCUACACAUUCAAAAAACCAGUGGGAAUAAGACCACAGAUGGCAUACAGAUUUACAGGAAAAGUUUCUUGCAAGGUGGAGAACACUUUGAAAUCAACUACUCUGCACUUCUUGAUGCAGAAGAAAUGUGGCAUGGCAGGGUCUUGACACUGCCUGCGAAGCUAACUUUCAAGAGUUCAUCACAGAAUAAAACACAUUUUGUAUCAUUGACAGCGUCAUUUACCAUAACAGAAGAAGAAAAGACCAAGAUUUUAUAUGGCCAUGCCAUCAGUGCUUCAGGGUUCUUCAUUGCUUUUUUUGUUUCCCUUGUAUUGACAUGUGCUGUCUUUUUCAUCGUUUACCGAACCCAAAUAUUAAAAUGGAGUUUCUGUAGUAAAAACCAGGAGAUACAGCCUGAUCUCAGCCAAAAUCACAAACUGGAGCGUUCUCAAUUUAAUUCAGGUGAUCUCUUUAGUGAAGAUAUAAUUAUGAAUGACCAAAUCAUUGAUAUUCUGUCCUUUGAAGAACCUGGGAACAUGCUUCAGGCUUUAGAAGAUUUGGAGGUUGCCAGCCUGACACGGGCAGAUGCUGAUCUGGAAGCCAAUCGAACACAGAUCUGUAAAGAAGUGAUUGCUAUGAUGUUGAAGAACAUGGUCUUAAAUCACAGCCUCUUUCCUCAUGUGGAGAAGAAGAUAAGUUCAGUUUUCAAAAAGCAAUUUCUUGCAAUGGAGAAAGAAAUUCAAGAAGAGUAUGAAAGGAAGAUGGUGGCUUUAACAGCUGAAUGUAAUCUGGAAACUAGGAAGACAAUGGAGGCUCAAUGUCAAAAAGCAAGAGCUGCAAAUGAAGAGGCUGAGGAAUUAAUGAAGAAAAUUAAUGAAAAGCCUGCUAUAGAAUACAGAAGUCUUCUGGACAAACUUCACAGACUGGAACAGGACUGCCUGAAGAGGUUCCUUUUCGUGAAGCAGGAGGAAUAUUUUGCAAAGGCUUAUAGAGAGCUGGCUGUUAUCCAAAGAAAGGAGCUCCAUACUAUCUUUUAUACACAGAUAAGAAAUGCCACAUUAAAGGGAGAACUGAAGUUGGAAGCAGCUAAAACAUUAGUGGAAGGUUACUCUAAAAUACAGGGUGACAUUGAAGAGUUAAUGGACUUUUUGCAAGCUUGCAAGAAGUAUCAUCUGAAUAAAAGAUUUUCUUACAGAGAAUAUCUUAUAAGUAAGAUACAGUCAAGGGAUUCUCGUGUCUCUGCUCUUAUAAAUGCCACAGCAGCCCAGAUAUCAAGUCUCAUUAAUAAGACAGAAAGAGCAGGUCAUCUACCUGAAAGUGAUUUGGGAAUCCUGUUGGACAGAGCUGAGACUGAAAUUAAUUUUAUUAAGCAGAAAUUUGAUCAUGAUUUAAAAGAAGAAAAGCAGAAGCUUUGCCAGAAACUCAUUACCAAGCGAAGGCGAGAAAUGCUGCUGCAAAAGAAAGAGCAUCAGAAGGAGCAGCUGUCACUUGGAGACCCCUUCAAAACUACUACUGAGAUCUCUCACUACCUGAGACACUGGAAGAAUCUUCUGAGUGAUCACACCAUUGAAUUUGAGGAUCUUACUGAAAAGCUUGACAGUGAAGCCAGUGAAGAGCUGAAGGAGCUUCUAUUUAGCGUAGCAGAGAAAGCCAUUGAAGAGCUUAAACGUGUUCACUGUGGAGUGUUUGUACAAGAAAUGGUCAAGCUCAAUGUGCCAAAGUUGUUCCUGCUAGAAGCUGUGGAGGAGCACAAAAAAGAGAUGGUGGUUAAGCAUGCACAGCUUGAAAGGGAGGAACAUGACAAGAGCAUGGCUGCUGAAGAGCUGCUUCAGCUCACCAGGCAAAAGCUAAGCCAAGAGCUGGAAACGGGCAUCUCAGAACAAAAAACAAUAAGGAGCUGGGAACAGUCAAUAUUCAUGCAACUUCUAAGUUUACCCCUCUCACUUUCAGAAGAGGAGUUGCUUAGAAUGAGGCAAGAGUUGCACUGCUGCUUCUCUCAGGUGGACAGCAGCUUGGCUUGGCCCAAGAUAAGAGCAAGAACCUUGCUUCAGGCUUUUGAAGUGGAGAAGAGGGACACCAAGGUGCUGAAAGUUGAGCAGGAUUUAGCAAUGACCAAAAAACAGCAGCAUUCUAAAAUGGGAAAAAAAGGAUCCAGGAAUAGAAAUAAAUUAGAUAUUCUGAAGAAAUCUUUACAGGACAAAAUUUUAAUUUACGAAGACUCAGUGAAACGUGAAAAUUUGAAUAGGAUUAAGUAUGAGUUGCAGCUUGAAAAAGAGUGUCACCUGCACAAUCUGGAAAAUAAACUUGGAGAGUAUAUUGCUUCUUUAGCCUUUCAAAAGACUGUUAAAAAAUCUAAAAUGCUGGAGCUGUAUACGGCUAUCAUAAAUGUGCAAGCAUUGCUCUUUAAACAACUGAACACAUCAAAAACCCUGUCAAAACUGGAAUGUAUUCAGAUUUUAGAAGCACAUAAUCCUGAGAUUGAAGAACUUAACAGGAAAUUGGAGUAUGAGAUGAUGCAUAAGGAGUCAGCACAGCAGCAUCUAAUGAGUAGGCAGAGGUGGUUUCUGGAUGGUUUGGGACUCUCAAAUGAAGCUGUGGACACGAAUGCAGAAAGACAUGUGACAGUUCUGUUAAGACAGGCCAUGAAUAAAUGUAAACAAUUUAUAAACCUGUACCAGCAAGGCUUGAGAGAUGAGCAAUGGAAUUGCGUGGUGUUUGAAGAUCUCCUGGAAAAUAUAGAAACGAAUGCAUUUUCGGCAAUUUAUAGUCAGGAGCUCCGUCUGGCAGGUUAUUUAGCUAAACUGACAAGGGUGCCAAUGGGGGUAUUGCACAGGGUCCUGAACUUGUUGCUGCCCUCCAGCUCGCAAAGUGAGGUUCUUUCUGUCCUCGAUUCCAUCAGUGAAUACUCAGAUGGUGGUGUUGAAGGUGACAGUAAUGCAGAUGAGUCUGGCAGCUGUAAGAAAAGGAAGAGCCAAGAGUUGUGGCAAGCACUGGAGACCAAAAUAAGGCAAGAUCUGAUAAACAGAAGUUUAGAAAAUAUCCCUUCUCUAAACAAGAGAAAAGACAGCUUGAUAAAGAAGAAGCAACUUGCUCUCUUGGAGAAAGCAGCAUUCAUUCAUCUGGGAUGUUCACCUGCACAUCCUCCUCCAGAACAGCCUGAUCCACCUGUUUCUCUGAACUCUGCAACUGCUGAAGCCAUAGAGCUGUUAGACACAGGGGAGAAGAUAUUUUUGUUCCGUGAGCCAAGUGAUCCAAUACUUGCUUUGCAUAAUUUUCCAAGAAAAAAGAAAAAGAACUUUCUUAAUUCUAAAAAGGCUGCUCAUGCAAACAUGGGCUCAUAAGAGCAAUUUUCAUUUAAAAGUAUCAACUAGAGAACCGGAAGUUAGUAAACUUAUGAGGAAGAAUGAAGUGU